AUGAGCGCGCCUCCUAAGGUUCAUGCGCACGCUUCUUCAGCGAGUGCGAUUGCUAAUGUCAGCCUGAGCGGACAAGGAGGCCAGCCGGCAACUCCACGUUCGCCGCAACCGUCACAGAGCCAGCCAUCAACCGGACUACGAGUCCCCUCCAAUCGUAAGACCAUAUAUGACCGAAAUUUGAAUCGUACGCGAAAUGCAGAGCUUAGCAAGGCGAGCUUCGGUUAUCUCUUUUCUGAAAUGGUGAUAUAUGCCCAGAGACGAGUUACUGGAAUUCAAGAUCUCGAGAGACGGUUAAAUGAACAAGGUUACCCCCUUGGACUGCGUCUGCUAGACCUUCUCCUUUACCGAUCCUUAACUGGUUCAUCGACAACGAGCACCCUUACCUCUCAGUCCUCCUCAAGCAACCAACCUGUUAGACCUCUCCGUAUCCUCCCACUCCUCCAGUUGAUUCAUGGGCCCCUAUGGAAGCUCUUAUUCUCACGACCAGCAGAUGCUCUUGAGCAUUCUGUUUCUCCAGCUACGCCUAAUGAAUACAUGAUUACUGACAACGACCCGCUCACAAACACUUAUAUAUCCGUCCCGAAGGAAAUGAACAUGUUGAACUGUGCGGCUUUUGUAGCCGGUAUUAUUGAGGGUGUAUGUGAUGGGUGCGGCUUUGAAGCCUCUGUGACCGCUCACAACCAAGGAAAUGAUAUGUGGCCGAGCCGGACAGUCUUUUUGGUGAAAUUUGGAGACUCCGUUAUGGAAAGAGAAAAGACUUUGGAGCGAGCCGGAAUUAAAUGA